AUGUCAGCGCGAUGCCCUCUAUCAACUGAGGUAUGAACGAAGAAAAACGGAGAUUAUCAUCUCGGGCGGUUCCCUCGUCAGUCUCAUUCAGUUUUUUCUUUACCUUCCAGGAACGUCGUAAAAAAUUCUUUUGCAAAACAGUGAAGAAAAUGUUUUCUGGAGUACCCUGAUUCAAAACUUAUUGCGUACAAGGUAAUCGACUAUGAAUAGUUCGAAUCUGCUAUCAUUUUGGCCGAACACGCCUUUAAAAUUUCUCGACUGAAUUGAUAUGAAAAUGGUUUGCAGAACGACAACAAGUCAAACUCCUUAGUUUAAAAACAAUAUCAUAAAAUUUACCGAUUGAACUCGUAAAAUAUCAAACAUUUGUUAAUUAUUUUGUAGCUCUUGAGAAGCUCUGUCAUGUGCUAAACGACAAAUUAACGUUUCUAGAAAAAUCGCUUUUUUCAAAGUAUCAAUCUCGUAGGUUCGUGUGAAAAAAUUUCAAUAGAUAGUUAUUGGAUCCAAAACUUAUUGUGCUAUCAAUAGUGCGAUGGAACUGAACGUGCUGAUUCUGAAUAUGACCUUAUUUUUCUUGUAGAAUGUUCCUGGACUGAGAAAAUAGAAUUACUAGACAGUUGGGCACGCGACACCUGAGUGCCUUAGUUAGUGUGGAAACUAAUUUUGUAUCUUGGAAAGUCAAAAUUAAUAAUUUUUUUUUCACGAAUACACACUUGAGGAAUUUUAAUUCAUAAUCUGUGUCGUUCUUGUUUAUAAUGCAAUUGGAUUUGAUAAAAAAUGUUUUCUUUGGAAGGCCUCUGUAUUUACAGACUACUUUACGACUGAGUAUUUUCCGACGGUCGUUCUCAGCAAAUAGUCCAUAUAUCCUAAUAUAUUCUCCCCUCUCCCACUUAUCUGGACAAACGUUCGCCUGAAUGCCCACUGUGUUCAUAUACUAAAAUUCGAAUAACAAAUUUUUAUCAGUGAUUGGAGAACAAACAUGGCAGGGCAAUGGUUUCUUGAUCAUACCAGAACCUUUAUAAUCGAAUAAUCUUAUUGAAACGAUUUUUCUCCAGUUUGACAAGAAAGUGCACACGUGAAAGUAGAGAAAAGUUACCUUGACUCAUUUUAGUGAUUGUAAGACGGCGGAGAAAAAUUUUAAUUUUUUCCAGAAUAAAUUUAAAAAGUUUGAUUUGUUGUCGUUCUGCAUUGAGCGUUAAUGUUAUUUAUCGAAAGUUAAAUCCAAACUGAUUGUUUACCCGAUAAUUACUUCUGCAAUAUAAAAUACAGUGCCCCCAAUGAACAUCGCUGACUGUCGCAGCAUCGUACGUUUAUAGAACUAACGAGGGAAGGUCCCCAACUGUCCGAUCGCUUUCGACCCGAAACCUAGUGGACUAUAGGUAGUCGACCAUGCUGAUUCCGAAUAUCAACAUGAGACGUGCUGCUGGGCCUCCAGAGAGUGGUU